GAUCAAGGCCAGACUCGAGGAGCAGGGCGUCGCGGAGCACAUCGUCAAGGCGGCCAAGGAGACGGUCUGUGUGCUUGAGGCAGCUUUUGCGAAGGAGGCCGAGGCGGACAAUGAGCACGAGAUCCAGGCUGUGGCUUGGCCGGGUGACGCUUGGACAGUGAAGUUUCUUUGUGGGCGCUGCGGUUGGCUGGCGGACGAGCUGACCAACAUCCACCGAUCGUGCAGCAGGCUGGGGCGGAGACGCCCGACACAGGCGGUGGAGCAGCUCCGUGAGGUUGCUAAGGAGGAGGCGGGCCCCCGACCACGAGCGGCUCGCAACAUCCUGGACGCCCUCGGCUUCAAGCACGAGACGGGCAACCCGGCGGAGGAGCAGCGCAGCUUGGCAAGAGGACCCUUCGGGAAACGCGGCUGGCUUCGGAUGCGGCGCGGUCCUCUACUUCGGCUUUUCGGGCGGCGGCUGGAACCUCAAGAGCCACACGGACGUGGAGCGGCGUCAGCAGGCGUGGCCAUCAUCACGGACGUGCCGGCCCAGCAAGUGGAGAUUCCGCAAGCUAUGGCUUAUGAUGGCCGUGUGAUGGCCUUGAAAGUGGGGAGGAAAGGCCUCCGACCGCUCCUUGUGCUGAACCUCUACCUGCCUGCCGGCGACAAGAUCCCUGGCAACCACAUCGCGCAAGGAGGCCAUACAAUGGGCGCGAGACACGGCGGCGACUGGAACCGGACUGAGGACUCCUACCCCCUGGCCGGCCUCUUGGCUAAAGGGGCUGUCUGGACCAUGGACGGCGACCAGCUUCUCCGAGAGAGCACUUUUCGUCGAUCGGGGCACCUGUCCACGCACAUUGACUUUGGCUUGGCUUCGCCGCAGCUCUUGGUGGAGGACAGGGCGCAGCUCCUGGGCGUCGCGGACCACGACCUCGUCACUUACCGGCUUCGUGCUUUUCCGGAAGAGGACGCUUGUAGGUGGCAGCCGCAACGCCGGUUGGUGGCGACGGAGCCGACUGACUGGGAUGCUGGUUGGGCCGACUUCGCGGCUGACUUUGCGGCGGAGAACGCUAUGGCGGAUGACCAGGCUCGACCUGCUCGCCCUCGUGCGCUACCAGGCCGACCAGAGGCUGAGGCGUGUGGCACGGAGGGGAUCGGAGGCGACCAGGAAUGGCGAUGCCAGAUUGCGGCAAAGCUGGACCGCGACCUCGACGAGCGGGCGGGCACGUUCCCUGACUUGCCGCAGGUUGUGGGCUAUGACAACGUCGCCGGCUUCCUGAACGACAAGACUGAGGAGGAGGCGCAGAGAGCCCGCGCAGCGCGCAUCCAGAGGUGGAAGCACGACAUCCAGGAGGACGUCGGAGCCAUGGCCAGAUGGAUCACGGCCAAGGUCACCAACGAGGCGUGUGAUGUGAGCCAGUUGGGUGAGUGUCCGAGCAAGGGCGCGGCAGCAGAGCGCUUGAAGGCUUCUUUGGACAAACUUUGGGGGGAGGCGGCCAACUUUGACGCUCGCCUGCAUGGCUUUCUGCAAACCUUGGGGCCAGCUAUUCCGGCGGCCGAGCGCGAAGUCCACUUCGACGGCCAUCUCAGGAGGCGGGCGCGGAAGGCAAAGCGCAAGGCGGGCGGGCUUGAUGGAUGGACGGGCGAGUUGGUGGCCCUUCCUUUGAACUUCUUCGACAAGCUGGCGAGGAUUUGGACCGCCAUCAUCAAGGGGGGCAGGCUCCCUCUUGGUUGGAAGCAGGUCAGGGUGGCGGGCAUUCCGAAACCCGGUUGGAGGUCUUCAAGCGCUGGCGCUUACGCAGCUGGCAUGGAGGUUGGGGGCGUCCGAGAUGCUGGCGCAGCUGCGGCCUGUGCGUGGAUGCCGGAGUGUCUACAUGGCGGGCUUCCCGGGCGCUCUGUCGACGCCAUCAAAGAGCAACUUGGCUGCCUCUUGGACAAGCGGGUUUCUCCGCAAGCAGCCCUGGCUGUGCUACGGUGGUGGGGCGCUCCGGAGUGGCUGGCGACGAUCCUUGAGGACUUCUACACAGAGCAGGAUAGGUGGGUGGCAGUCGCUGGCGUUUUUGCCUCUUCACCUGUGGGGGGGGCCUUCUCCCCGCUCCUCUUGAACGCCAUGAUGGGCAUUUGGAGCAGGCGCGUCCAGAACCAAGUGGACGGGGAGCGGUGCAACGUUUGGAGACGGCCCCGGGCUGGCGCAGUUGCAGACGAGAUGCUUGGCUUUGACGUGGAGCAGCGCGAGGCCCUCAUGGAGCACGCGGACGUCCUCGACAUUUUUCAGACAGAUUUCGUACUGCUUGGCAUCCCAUACAGGCUCACCGGGCAUCAGGCCUUCGACGCCAAGGACGUGACCAAGGAGCUGCGGGAGCGAG